ACCAUUUAAAAUCAGACUCUUUUUGUCUUCUGAUUGCCGUCUUGAGCCCCAACUCUGAUGUGUUCCGUUAUCAGCGACCAGCAACCUGCCGUUCCAGCCCCCGUCUGGGUGGGGAUCAGUGGCGAGUCCCCCGCAGCGGCGGCAGGCAAGGUUAUAUAGGAAGAGAAAGAGCGAGGCAGAGAGAGCCGAGGGCGCCAGCAGCCAGCCGAGCGAGGCGGGGAGAGGGCACAGGCACGCACACUCGCGCACUCGGACCUGCUCGGGCCAGCCUUGAAGUCCUUGGCUGCAUGGACAAGAUGCUGCUGCUGGCGAGAUGUCUGCUGGUGGUGCUAAUCUCCUCGCUGCUGGUGUGCUCGGGGCUGGCGUGCGGACCCGGCAGGGGAUUUGGGAAGAGGCGGCACCCCAAAAAGCUGACCCCUUUAGCCUACAAGCAGUUUAUCCCCAACGUGGCUGAGAAGACCCUAGGGGCCAGUGGAAGAUACGAAGGGAAGAUCACGAGAAACUCGGAGCGAUUUAAGGAGCUCACCCCCAAUUACAACCCCGACAUCAUAUUUAAGGAUGAAGAAAACACUGGAGCGGACCGGCUGAUGACUCAGAGGUGCAAGGACAAGCUGAAUGCCUUGGCCAUCUCCGUGAUGAACCAGUGGCCAGGAGUGAAGCUGCGGGUGACCGAGGGCUGGGACGAGGAUGGCCACCACUCAGACGAGUCCCUGCACUACGAGGGCCGUGCAGUGGACAUCACCACGUCGGACCGCGACCGCAGCAAGUACGGCAUGCUGGCCCGCCUAGCGGUGGAGGCCGGCUUUGACUGGGUCUACUACGAGUCCAAGGCGCACAUCCACUGCUCCGUGAAAGCAGAGAACUCGGUGGCAGCCAAAUCGGGCGGCUGCUUCCCGGGCUCGGCCACGGUGCACCUGGAACAGGGCGGCACCAAGCUGGUGAAGGAUCUGCGCCCCGGGGACCGCGUGCUGGCGGCCGACGACCAGGGCCAGCUGCUCUACAGCGACUUCCUCACCUUCCUGGACCGCGACGACGGCGCCAAGAAGGUCUUCUACGUGAUCGAGACGCGGGAGCCCCGCGAGCGCCUGCUGCUCACCGCCGCACACCUGCUCUUUGUCGCGCCGCACAACGGCUCGGCCGCUUGGGAGCCCGAGGCGCUGUCGGGCGCUGGGCGGCCGCCGGGGGGCGCGCCGGCGCGCCGGGCGCUCUUCGCUAGCAGCGUGCGGCCGGGCCAGCACGUGUACGUGGUGGCCGAGCGCGGCGGGGACCGCCGGCUGCUGCCCGCCGCCGUGCACAGCGUGACGCUGCGCGAGGAAGCCACGGGCGCGUACGCGCCGCUGACGGCGCAGGGCACCAUCCUCAUCAACCGGGUGCUGGCGUCGUGCUACGCGGUCAUAGAGGAGCACGGCUGGGCGCACCGGGCCUUCGCGCCCUUCCGCCUGGCGCACGCGCUCCUGGCCGCGCUGGCGCCCUCGCGCACGGACCGCGGCGGGGACGGCGGGGGCGGCGGCGGCGGCGGCGGCGGGGGCGGCGGUCGCGUCCCCCCGCCCGCCCCAGGCGCGCCGGGUGCGCCAGGUACGGCCGCCGCGCCGGCCGCCGUGGGCGUCCACUGGUACUCGCAGCUGCUCUACCAAAUAGGCACCUGGCUGUUGGACAGCGAGGCCUUGCACCCGCUCGGCAUGGCGGUCAAGUCCAGCUGA